GGGCCGGUACUGGACCCGGCGGGAUGAGCGAGGUGGAGGCGGCAGUGGUGGCGACAGCGGCCCCCGCGGCGACGGUGCCCGCGACGGCGGCAGGGGUGGUAGCAGUGGUGGUACCGGUGCCCGCGGGAGAACCGCAGAAAGCAGGCGGCGGGGCGGGCAGCGGCGGCGGGGGCGGAGCCGCCUCGGGCCCCGCUGCUGGGACCCCCUCAGCGCCAGGCUCUCGCACCCCUGGCAACCCGGUGACGGCGGCCUCGGGGACCCCCGCGCCCCCGGCUCGGAGUCAGGCGGACAAGCCGGUGCUGGCAAUCCAAGUCCUGGGCACUGUCAAAUGGUUCAACGUCCGGAAUGGUUACGGAUUCAUCAACAGGAAUGACACCAAGGAGGAUGUCUUUGUUCAUCAGCUCUGGACCCCAAGUAAAAUGUUGAAAAGAAUGGAAUUGGGUGGUGGACCCAGCAAGGGUGAGAGAGACUGCUUUUGCUGCCCUCACCUUUCUCAUGGCCUUUCCCCCAACCAGACAGCUAUUAAAAGAAACAACCCCAGGAAGUUUCUGCGCAGCGUUGGAGAUGGGGAGACUGUGGAGUUUGAUGUCGUGGAAGGAGAGAAGGGUGCAGAAGCUGCCAAUGUAACUGGGCCCGGGGGGGUGCCAGUGAAGGGCAGUCGCUAUGCCCCCAAUCGACGUAGAUUCCGCCGAUUCAUCCCCCGGCCUCGCCCAGCUGCCCCACCACCCAUGGUGGCAGAGGCUCCCUCAGGUGGAACAGAACCUGGUAGUGAAGGGGAGCGGGCUGAGGACUCAGGGCAGAGGCCUAGACGACGGCGCCCACCACCCUUCUUCUACCGACGACGGUUUGUGCGAGGCCCUCGGCCCCCUAACCAGCAGCAGCCUAUAGAGGGCACUGAUGGGGUAGAACCCAAAGAGACAGCCCCAUUAGAGGUGGACCAACAGCAGGGAGAUGAGCGGGUGCCCCCACCCAGAUUCCGGCCCAGAUACCGAAGGCCUUUCCGCCCCAGGCCACCUCAGCAGCCUACCACUGAAGGUGGGGAUGGUGAGACCAAGCCCAGCCAAGGCCCCACUGAUGGUUCCCGGCCUGAACCCCAGCGCCCACGAAACCGCCCCUACUUCCAGCGGCGACGGCAGCAGCCCCCUGGUCCCCGGCAGCCCACAGCCCCAGAGACCUCAGCCCCCAUCAACAGUGGGGACCCCCCCACCACCAUACUGGAGUGAUUCCAACUCAAAGGACACCCAGAGCUACCAUCUGGUAUCUGCCAGUUUUUUCCAACUGACCUGUACCCUACCCAGCACCCCCUCCCUCCUUUCCCAUAACUCAUGACAUCAAAGACCGGCUUUUCCCCUUUUCCUUGAGACUCAGGAGGGCUAAAGCAACAGCCUUUUGCAUUUUUUCCCCACUCUCCCUAUCAAGGGUUGAAGGAAGGGUUCCAUCCUUCGUGUUCAGAGGCAUCAACUCCCUCCCCUAAGUCAGGCUGAGAAGGAACCAGCCAGCUCUUACCUCCUCCUGGUUGCUUUUCUUUCCCACCCAGUUUAUUUUUGUUUCCCUUCAACUCCCUACCUCUGAAGCCAUUUUAUGAACUGUCAUGUGCCACCUGAGCCUCCAGUAAAAACAAAAACAGGCUU